GCUAGGGCAGGCGGUGCUGCGUGGGAGAGAGCCCAUGCUUGGUAACUGUUCCCCACCCCAGAGAGGCCGCAUCCCAGCCCCGGGCCUGGGCUCCCCCUAUUCCCGGCCCCUGCGCCCCACCCCAGAGAGUCUCACUAACCCGCCUCUCCCAAGCAGAUCGUAUCAGACCCCCGUGCGGGACGAGGAGUCGGAGUCACAGCGCAAAGCCCGGUCACGUCUUAUGAGGCAGUCCCGGCGCUCCACCCAGGGCGUCACCCUCACAGACCUGAAGGAAGCUGAGAAGACUAUUGGCCGAUCCGGGGACACCAGGGCGGCGGAGCAGCGAAUCGGGGAGGAUGAGAGGCGGGACCGAGAAAAGGAGCAACCGCCGGAAGCCACGGACUCGGCCAGACGCUGCCGACCGGCCCCCUCUGACGGCGCCCAGGCAGCCUCCUCAGAGCGCCGGGCCUUGGAGCGGAAGGUGGCCGAGCUGGAGGAGGAGCUGAAGAGUCCGCCAAAAUUCCCGGGGGACCCCAAAAUGUUCCGUGCCAUGUAG